AUGUCUCUGGGAGACGUGACGUCAGCCCGCAGCUCACCAGCGCCGGAAGCAUGCCCUGAAUGCGAUGCCAGCGCGUCCGUCACUUCCGAUUUACACAAGUACCAAGAAGCAUGCACAUGCAAACCAGGAACAGCUCAGUAUGCCUGUGCUGAUGAACCGGGUCCCCCUCCACCAGCGAAGACCGACACACCGCCAGCGCUUCCUCCUAGACCUCCCACUAACGCGCUAACUGCUACUAACAGAAGGAAUAAUGGGAUGCAAGCUUGUGGUGUUAUGCAAGUCGUGCAAUAUCAAGUUUCAACUCCAAGGUCGACUAUAGCAGCUGAUGUGGCUCAGCACUAUGUACCGCCACCGCCAUAUUUUGCAUCAGUUGGCUGCAACGGUAAUGAUGGUACCUGUCGCCGCCGCAAAUACGCGUGGUGGUGUGUGGGUUGUGGGGCGUUGGCGGCCGCUCUUGGUGGCCUUCUUGCAGCUCAGCAUAUUCUGCUGCGAGCUUAUACGGCGUCACCACAGCACUUAGAGACUGUGCCCGCCGCUGUGCCGGCUGCUAUGAUCAAGGUUGUGGGAGCUUGCUGCCUCGUGUGUGCUCUGACUUGUGUUCUGGUCACCAUUACCACCACUGUCAUACAUAUGAAUAAGCUUCAGACCCUCAAGUUCUGCGAGUAUACGAAGAUCACCCGCACUUGUACCUGCUUCUCAAGGCCACCGGACGCUCAGCACAGUGGUGAUGAUGAAGGUGUCCGCUGCGUGUUCGAGGGCGUGUCGGCGUGCGGCGUGGUGCACGGCGCGCUGUACUGGUGCCUGCGCGGCGUCUUCGCGCUCUCCGUCAGCGCCGUGCUCGUCUGCAUCUUCAGCUGCAUGCUCGCGUAUCAACUCCUCAGGUACGCUUAA